GGUGGGGUGAUGGAGGAUACGUGCUUUUGAGGCAAGCUGAGCAGGAGAGCAGGGUGGCGGUGGCACUCGCUCAAAGAAAACAAAAUUCGCCAUCCUGCCUCCUUCUCCCUCCGUCCUCACUCCUAAAAUCGGAAUCAUUUAACUCCGCACCUAAUACAGACGCCAGAAUACCAGGGGUACGCCAUUAUUGCGACCGAGCAAGCUCCCCGUUCUCCUGCUCCUUGUACGCGAGCCGAGCCGAGCCGAGCCGAGCAUCCAUCCAUCACUCCCCAAAUGCCUUAGCAGAGAGUGGCUUCGAGGAUUGUCGCCAUGAUGCAGGGGAGCAGGAAAGCCAAGGGAAAGAGGGAGGAUCAGCAGCAGCACAGCCCCAAGGGCCAAGCAUGGUUCUGCACCACGGGGCUCCCCAGCGACGUCGUGAUCGAGGUGGGCGACAUGACCUUCCAUCUCCACAAGUUCCCGCUAAUGUCCAAGAGCAAGAAGAUCCACGACCUGAUUAUGAACAAGGAAUCGAGCCUGGCGAGGCAGGCGGGGGGAGGGGGGGAUGAGGAGGAGGAAGAUGGGGCAGGGGAGAUCAGGGAGGAGGAGGUGGUGCUGGAGGCAGACGAGGAGGCCGACGCGCACCGCAUCCGCCUCCCGGACUUCCCCGGCGGCGCCGAGGCGUUCGAGCUGGCCGCCAAGUUCUGCUACGGCGUCAAGCUCGACCUCACGCCGGCCACCGCCGCGCCGCUCCGCUGCGCCGCCGAGCGCCUCGGCAUGUCCGACGACCACGCCGAGGACAACCUCGUCUCCCGCGCCGACCGCUUCAUGUCGCACACCGUGCUCAGGAACCCCAGGGACGCCAUCCGCGCGCUCAGGUCCUGCGAGGGUCUUCUCCCCCUCGCCGACGACCUCGGCCUGGUGUCCCGCUGCGUGGACGCCAUUGCGGCCAAGGCCGCCGCGUCCACGCCCACCGCGCUCUUCGGCUGGCCCAUCAACGACGCGGGAGCCGGCGACCGCCCCCGCCACAAGAAAAAUGCCGGCGCCGGGGCCACGUCCACGCUGUUCGACGACCUCGCCGGCUUGUCCCUGUCCACGUUCACCCGUGUCAUUGCCGCCAUGAGGGAGCGGGGCGUCGGCCCUGAGGUCCUGGAGGGGGCUCUCAUCGCCUACGCCAAGCGGUCGAUCCCUGGGCUUUCACGCUCUGACCGGCACGCCGGCGGUGGUGCCGCCGCCGCGGCUGCCGCGCCACGGUCGGCGGACGGCGACCAGAAGGCGCUACUCGAGACCGUCAUUGUCAACCUCCCGGAGGAGACCAUCAAGAGCAGUGCCCACACCGGCACGGCAGUGGGCGCCACCACCGCGCGCGUCCUGUUCGGCCUGCUGCGCACGGCAAACAUUCUGCAGGCAUCAGAGGCUUCCCGUGACAUGCUGGAGCGGCGCGUGGCCUCCAGGUUGCCCGACGCGGCCGUCGACGACCUGCUCAUCCCGAGCUACUCGUACCUCGUGGAGACGCUCUACGACGUGGACUGUGUGGAGCGCAUCGUGCGGCACUUCCUCGAGGGCCGAGGCGGCGGUGUCGAGGAGGUCGACGAGGAGUGCAGCGAGGCGGAGACGCCGGGCAGAGAGGCUAGCAGACGAGCCAUGCUGGCCGUGGGCAGGCUGAUGGACGCCUACCUUGGGGAGAUCGCCACGGACGCCAACCUGAAGACAGACAAGUUCUGCGACCUCGCAUGGGCAUUGCCGGACGGCGCCCGCGUCUACGACGACGGCCUUUACCGUGCCGUCGACAUCUACAUCAAGGCACAUCCAGCGCUGAGGGAAGAGGAGAAGGAGAAGGUGAGCGGCGUGGUGGACGGGCGCAAGCUGACGCUGGAGGCGUGCACGCAUGCCGCGCAGAACGAGCGUCUGCCGCUGCGGACGGUGGUGCAGGUGCUCUUCUUCGAGCAGCUCCAGCUGCGCCGGGCCAUCGCCCGGACGAUGGUGGCGAAUGAAGGCGGUGCAGCAGUCCAAGGAGAGGAAGAAGGCGACAGCGAUGGUGGUCGGACAUGGCGGGUGGCGACCAGGGGAAACCAAAUGCUCAGGCUGGACAUGGACAGCAUGCGGAACCGGGUGCAGGAGCUAGAGCGGGAGUGCACCACCAUGAGGAAAGCCAUUCAGAAGAUAGACCGCCGAGGCGGCGCCGCUGGGGAUAGGGGCGCGGCACCGGCUGCGGAGGGCAGGUGGGGUUCAAUGGUGACCAAGAGGUUCGGAUGCAAGUUCCCGGCGCAGGUCUGCCAGUCACAGCCGCGGUCGGUGGUGGCGCGGCCUCGCCGGGCACGGAUUGAGCAGAGCCCCUGAUACCUCCUCCUUCCCCACUGCACAUGAUAGCUUUCCUCAGCUUCCCUGUUUUGUUCUCUUGAUUCUUUGCUUCGAUUUGUGAAAAUACGAGGGGUUUUCCUAGGAGGAAUUGUGAGCUUCAUCAUGUUUGAUCGAUCAAAUUUCGCUGUAGCAGUGCACAAUCGUUCCAUGUGUCAUCUAUAGCUGGCUAAUGCAUCAUGUCACAUUUUGGCUAAA